AUGAUAAGCAUACUGAUUUUUACUCUUUUUUUAUUAAAAUACUUUGCAAUGGAAAACUUAAACCCCUAUGAAACUAAUGAUCAUAACCCAACAGUUUUAACUACUAUUGAAUGCAAGGCUUUGCAAAUACCCAAAAAACGAGGAUUCAGAAGCUUCUUAAAAUUCGUUUCCAAUGACAUGGAAAAAUCGUUCCAAUACCUAAUGAUCAGCGAAGAGAAGCAUAUGUAUAAAGUGUCUGAAAACUUAGGGGGAAAAUUACCUGAUUAUUUAUGGAGUUAUUAUGCUUUGUGCUUAAUUUAUAUGCUGAUUUAUAUAGUUUCGUAUGUAAAGGAUGAUUCUUCAUCAAGCAGCUUCACUUGCCAGAUUUCGUUAAUUUGUGGUCAAAUGAUAAUUAAUUCUUUGAUUUAUUGACUUGCAUUUUCAACGAAUAUUUUCAGAAUUUUGAGGAUUCAAGUUUUGUCAUUUUCUUAUAUAAUGAUAGGAGCAAUUUUGAUACUUAAUAAUGGGCCGGUCCAAGUGUGAAUGCUUGACGAGAAAUCUGAGACAUAUUUUUCAUGCUUGCCGGGCCUUUUAGUUCUUUUAACAGUAUCACAGUUUAUAACACAUUUCAGCUUUGCUAAUUAUUUCAGAGAUAAUGCUAUUAUCGCAUCAAUUUAUAUUGUGCUUCACCUUUUCUCUGACCAAAAACUUGCUGUUACAUUAUUUGAAUUUGGGAUUUUCGUCUUAAGGAUUUUCUUCGAAACUCGAAAAUUUUAUAUCAAAGAACUUACAUUACGUCACAGAUUUUACAAUAAGCAGGCAUAUAGUGAAAAAGUUGUGGACUCGGCAAGAUCAGAGCCACAAACCGAAAUUGAAGGAAUUACCGAAUUUUUGUGUGAGUGUUUAACUCUCGCGAAAUCUUUGAAGCAUAGUCCUAAUGAAAUUGAAGAUAAAGCUUCAUUGAUUGCUGAACGAAUUAAAAAGGUCCUUCAAGUUUUGAAAUCCAAAGCAAAUAUAUAUACUCCUAAUAUUGAAGUAAUUACAAGAAAUAUGACUGAAGAAGACAAAUUAUUUGUAAAACAAACAAUUAUUGAAACUUCAGCUAAAGAAGUUUCGUCAUCUAAAACAAAAAUUAAAAAGAGAGACACUGAUAGGAUAAAGUUAAUAACAAAAUCUUAUAAUUUCCAAGAAUUAGAAGGCAUCUUAAAACAGCUCGGAAAUAAUUGAAAUUUCGAUAUGUUUUUCUUAAAAGACUGUUCAAGUGGUAAGCCUCUAGCGACAAUUGGUAAAUAUUGUAUAGAUAAAUAUGUCCUAGAUGAGCUGCUUAGUGUGAACGAAAAUAUCAUCGCAAACUUUUUUGAUCGUCUGGAAUCUCAAUACAAUGACAAUCCUUACCACAACUCUACACAUGGGGCCGAUGUACUUGCCUCUGUAAUUUAUUUUAUUAAAAAAUCAGUUUUAUCCGAACUUUUAGAUGAUAUCGACCUUUUGGCCGUAAUUGUAGCAACCCUUGGGCAUGAUGUAGGCCAUCCUGGCCUCACAAAUCGUUUCCUCAUUAAUAACCAUGAUACUCUUGCUAUUGAAUAUAAUGAUAUUUCAGUACUCGAAAUGAUGCACAGCUCAUCAAUUUUUAUUAUCAUGAAAGCACUUGAUGCUGAUAUUUUCCAAAAUUUAUCACCAGAGCACUAUACAACUGUCAGAAAAUUAAUUAUAGAAAUGGUUUUAGGCACAGAUAUGAGCAAACAUUGGGACUUCCUCACAGCUUUUAAAGCAAAAAAUGUUAGCGGACAUUUAAAACAAUUAGAAACUGCAGACCAGAAAAUUGACGUGCUAAAGCUUAUAGUAAAAGGCGCUGAUAUUGGCCACUCUGCGAAAUCUCAGGAUUUGCAUAAAAAGUGAAGCUUUUUAGUAAUUGAAGAAUUUUUCAACCAAGGGGAUAUCGAGAAGAUGAAAAAGCUGCCGGUAUCGAUGUAUUGUGACAGAAAUAACACUGAUAUUCCAAAAUCUCAGAUAGGUUUUAUUAAAAAUAUUGUGCUUCCGCUAUAUGAAGUCAUGUCAAAUUAUUUAGCUUCUGAAUUAAUUGAAGAAAAUUGUGUCAAGGAAAUACAAAAUAAUUUGGUGAUGUGGGAAAGUGAAACCCUCGCAAUACGGUGCAAAACUAUGGUGCCUGCCAAUGAAACACUGCUAGUAGAAAAACUAGAAGUAGAGAGUCCUGGGGAGAGGAAAACCAGGAGAUAUGGCACUUCUCGUGCUUUGCUUGAUCCUACGAAAAUUUCGUGAGAAGAUUAA